CUGGCGGGGAGCAGUGAUUGAGCCUGAACAGGCCACAGAACUCCCUUCAAAAAGAGCUGAAGCCUCCACCAAACCUCCUUUUCUGGCACCUAGGAUAUGGAAAGAGUCAGGCCUCCCAAAUGAGCGCCAGGAGGGGGUGAUUGAGGCCUUUCUCCAUGCUUGGAAGGGUUACAAAGAGUUCGCUUGGGGCCAUGAUGAACUGAAGCCUGUGUCCAAAACUUUCAGUGAGUGGUUUGGCCUGGGCCUCACGCUGAUCGAUGCCUUGGAUACCAUGUGGAUUUUGGGUCUGAAAGAAGAAUUUAAGGAAGCAAGGAAUUGGGUGUCAGAGAAGUUAAACUUUCAGAAAAAUGUUGAUGUCAACCUGUUUGAGAGUACCAUCCGAAUCUUAGGGGGCCUGCUGAGUACAUACCACCUAUCGGGGGACAGCCUCUUCCUGAGAAAAGCUGAAGAUUUUGGAAAUCGGUUAAUGCCUGCCUUCACCACACCCUCCAAGAUUCCAUACUCUGAUGUGAACAUUGGCACUGGAUUUGCCCACUCACCCCAGUGGACAUCAGACAGCACUGUGGCAGAAGUGACAAGCAUUCAGCUGGAGUUUCGGGAGCUCUCUCGUCUUACUGGAAAUAAGAAAUUCCAGGAGGCCGUGGAGAAAGUAACAGAGCACAUCCACUCCCUGUCUGGGAAGAAGGACGGGCUGGUGCCCAUGUUCAUCAACACGAACAGCGGCUUCUUCACCCACCCAGGAGUGUUCACUUUGGGUGCCAGAGCUGACAGCUACUACGAAUACCUGCUAAAGCAGUGGAUCCAGGGUGGCAAGAAGGAGACAGCACUGCUGGAAGACUAUGUUAAAGCCAUUGAGGGGAUAAAAACACACCUGCUACGGCAUUCUCAGCCUGGAAAGCUCACCUUCGUGGGAGAACUUGCCCAUGGCCGCUUCAGUGCCAAGAUGGACCACUUGGUGUGCUUCCUGCCGGGGACACUGGCUUUGGGUGUCCAUCAUGGCCUUCCAGCUGACCACAUGGAUCUGGCUCAGGCACUCAUGGAGACCUGCUAUGAGAUGAACCGACAGAUGGAGACAGGUCUGAGCCCUGAGAUUGCACACUUCAACCUGUACACUCGGGCGGAUCAUAAGGAUGUGGAGGUCAAGCCAGCUGACAGGCACAACCUGCUGCGGCCGGAGACUGUGGAAAGCCUGUUCUAUCUGUACCGUGUCACAAGGGACCACAAGUACCAGGACUGGGGCUGGGAGAUCCUGCAAAGCUUCAAUAAGUACACACGGGUCCCCUCAGGUGGCUAUUCUUCUAUCAACAAUGUCCAAAAUUCCCAGAAGCCUGAUCCCAGGGAUAAGAUGGAGAGCUUCUUUGUGGGAGAAACGCUGAAGUACCUCUACCUGCUGUUUUCUGAUGAUCUGGAGCUGCUCAGCCUGGACACCUGUGUGUUCAACACAGAGGCCCAUCCCCUACCCAUCUGGGCUCCUGCCUAGGAGGAUAGCCCGUGGCCUGGGGACAGAUGGAGGGCUGACGUGGGCCUAUUGGGUCUGUGACCUUCACAGGGCCCACAUAGUUUUGGGCAGCCAUCAAGUGUGAUGCUCCUGCUCAGUUCUAGGCCUCUCCUGUCUCAGCUUUCCAUGAAGAUGUUGGGGGGAACAAGAGUCAAAUCAGCAGGUAUGGGAUUCUGGGAUAUUUAGGCUGACUAGUCUACCAGAAGCCUUUGACUUCCUUGAAAACUCAUGCCAUGACUCCUGAUUCCUAUGCCCAAAUGACCUUGUUGGCUGGCUGCAGGCAGCCCCCAUGGUAGUCCCAAAACUUCUUAUCACCUCCUGGCACCACUCAGGACUCCAGUACCUGUGUUGAGUUCAGAGUGAUAUCCCUAGUCAGUGAGGUGCUGGGCUUGGCCUGAAGGCCUGUACAAGUCCUGACCCACAGGUCUGGUGGGCCAUGUGACCUCAAGGGGCCUUGUGGCUCUGGUGUUUACGGGUUGGACUCAGGGAUCCUCCUGGCUACCCUACUGGGCUGGCAGGGGUUAGAACAGCAAAUUUGUCUUAUUUCCAGGACACCCUGGGAUAAUGUGAUUUCUCAGCUGAGAUGAAAGUGGACUUGGUCCCACUGUGAUGCGUCCUGUGUUGGGGAGGGGGGUGGUAUCUGUGGACUGGAGAGUCUGAACUGACCUUAAGGAACAGCAAGUUCUCUAGGUAACAUUGUAGGGGCUGCCCCCUAGUCAGAACUGCUGUCACUUCAGGUCUGAAGAGCGAAUAGGCCAGAAAGCUUGGUUUGUGCUUUCUCAGAUGGUCUGUGAUGAUUACCUGCUGGCUGGUAGGAGUACGUGUAUGGAAGGGGGACACCAGCAGAAGCAUGUACCUUUCUCAUAGUGAGAUGCUUGUGCCUUGGUGUCUGAGCUCAUGGAGAUGAGGAUAGAGUAGCCCUGUCUGACCUGUUAGUGGACUGUCCCUGGCCAUGGAUGGGGUUUUCCCAUCCAAGACCAGGAUAGUUCCAUGCGGUAGUGUAGGGUAAACUAGACAGAAUCUAAGGCACCUCAGGCUCGGGGCCUGUGUUACCUGUGCACCCCAAGAUCUGGAGGUUUGACUUGCUCACUCCCCAUCUGCAGCUCAGUGGCGGCCACCUUGUGUCUCUGAGGCACAGUAGUUGCCCCAGGGACUUCCUGUCAACCACUUAUACCCCAAGCCAGCUCUAAUCCCAAAGGUGUCUACAAAGGACCUGCCUGGUGGUGUGUCCUUAGGCCUCACUCUCGUGUGUAGAGGCUGCCUCCCCACAUCGGGUUAUAUCCCUUCCCGUGGAUGUCAGCCUCCCCGUGUUCUGUCCUCUGCACCAUAGACUCGUGAACAGGCAGGUUCAGGCUUUGGGCAAAGCCUAAGCAGUUGAGAAGUAUGUAUUCUUCAUCUCUUGCCUUGAUCUCUGGAAGGUGUGGUCAGUACUGAGGGGACAGCAACUGCCCUGUGCCCCUCGAGGAGUUGCUGUGGGUCAGAAUAACUGGGUUGAAGAUGUCCACAAAGCUGAGCUGGUGGCACAUUGAAGCAGACAACAGGGGAACAGUCCUGAGGAGGGAGGGGGGUUUGCUCCCCAGGAAAGGCAGAUUUCCCUCCCUCUCACCCUAAAGCACGAAACCUGAGAGUUGGAGUCUGUGCUUAAUUAAAUGUCUAACUGGUCUCA